AUGACCACCUACAUUGAAGUGAACAUACACUCGGAACCGGAAGAUGAUGAUCACGAUAUGACGGAUCUCGAGCUGCAGCAGUAUACCAGCCGGCAGCAUCUGCUACAAAGCAUCACAAGCCUUUCCAAUCCUGCCUGCCUUUUCACAACUGCAUCGUCCAAAUCGUCCACCGAAACAUAUGGCAAGGCGGAGAAACGGAAGCUCAUGUGGGCCACAUUGUUUACGGUAGUGUUUAUGACGGCAGAAUUUGUCGGAGGUUAUCUGUCCGGUAGCUUAGCGAUCAUGACGGAUGCUGCUCACCUGCUUUCGGAUUGUAUUAGCUUCGUGAUAGCGAUCAUCUCGAUCUGGAUGUCCAACCGACCGGCGGAUGCGCGGAUGUCUUUUGGCUACCGGCGAGUGGAGGUCCUCGGAGCAUUACUAUCAAUCUUUGGUAUCUGGGCAUUGACGGCCGUGCUAGUGGUAAUGUCCGCCAAUCGAUUGAUCGAAGGUAACUACGAGAUUGAUGCUGAUACGAUGAUCAUUGUGGCAAUACUGGGCGUUGUAAUGAAUAUAGCAACGGCCUUUAUUCUUCACGGAUCAUGCAGCGUUGUUGCUCACGGCCACAGCCAUGGGCAUGGGCAUAGUCACGGGCACGGACAUUCGCAUGGCCACUCACACGGGCACAGUCACAUUUCCCGGGCGCGUUCAAAAACUCCUCAGCUCACAAUGGCCCGACUAUCACUGUCGCGUUCCUGUUCACCGCUGCCCCGAAUGCUUCGCACCCAGUCCUGCGAUGAGAAAAAGUGUGAAAAGCUGGAGCAACUCAUCAUUCCCAACUAUCCGCCCAGCCCACAGACGGGCAGUCCACUUUCAUCGCAUCACAACAGUCGGCACAAUUCGUUCGCAUUAACCAGUGAUCAAAGUCAGCGCCCUAAUCUGGACACAAUACUCAACAAUGCGCGGCUCAAGCUGCACAAGGAAAGCCUACGCCAUCGGAUGAGCAUUGAUGCGGGGUUAAAUUCGCCAGAUCUAAUAAGCUCGAGCAAGCUGGCAUACUCUCGCAUUAGCACCGAUCCGGAAUCGUCCACCCGAGCGCAUAGUGAAGAUGAGACACACAGUGAACGAGCGGAUCAUUCUUCCUCGGAGAACCAUUCUCAUUCUAAUGAGCACCAGUGCACGGAAGCGGAUCAGGAUGAUAGCAGUAAUCUUAAUGUCCGUGCCGCCAUUAUUCAUGUGAUCGGUGACUUUAUACAAAGCAUCGGUGUGUUGGUAGCUGCAAUAGUUAUCAAAUUUGCGCCCCAUUUGAAGCUGUUCGAUCCGAUCUGUACGUUCGUGUUUUCCUUGAUCGUGCUGGUAACGACGGUACGGAUCUUCCGCGAUUCGAUGCGCAUUCUUGUGGACGCUGUACCGGUCGACAUCUCGCUGGAACGACUCUCCUCCGAGCUGUCGUACAUUGAAGGUGUUAAAACGGUGCACGAUCUGCGAGUGUGGAGCGUUUCAACUAGCUGGAACGUGAUGACUGUGCAUCUCAUGAUCGAUCCGUUAGCGAACGCUUCGGAAAUUCUUGCCUCAGCAGACCACAUCGCACGGAACGACUUCCGCAUCAAGCACAGUACGGUACAGAUCGAGAAGAUGCACUUCUGA